AUGGCUCUGAAGGAGAGCAUCCUGCCCAUAAGUGAGGUGUCCAGCCGUAGCCUUUUCCCCGAGGUGGUGGAGCUCAAUGUAGGGGGCCAGGUGUACAUGACACAACUCUCUACACUGGUCAGCAUCCCCGACACCACCCUGCACACCAUGUUCGCCCGCUGCCCGUCGCGAGAGCUCCCUCGAGACAGCAGGGGCCGCAUCUUCAUCGACCGAGAUGGCUUCCUCUUCCGAUACGUGCUGGACUUCCUGCGUGACCGGCAGCUGGUCCUGCCCGAGCACUUCCCCGAGAAGGAGCGGCUCCAGCGUGAGGCAGAGCACUUCCAGCUGGGGGAGCUGCUGAGGCAGCUGGCCCCCCGUGUGGCCAAGCAGGGCUCGCUCAACGACGAGGGCUGCCAGAGUGACAUCGAGGAUGGCUCGCAGAGCAGUGACUUGGCCCGUGCCAACACCAACUGCAACUCUAACGCUGGGGCCACCACGGCUAACAAGAGGUCGGGAUUUAUCACCGUGGGCUACCGGGGCUCCUACACCCUGGUCAGUGACAACCAGGCGGACGCCAAGUUUCAGCGGGUGGCACGCAUCAUGGUGUGUGGCUGGAUUGCUCUCGCCAAGGAGGUCUUCAGAGACAUGCUCAACGAGAGCCGGGACUCUGACCGGCCCCCGGAGAAGUACACGUCCCGUUUCUACUUGAAGUUCACUCACCUGGAGCAAGCCUUCGACAGGCUCUCAGAAGCUGGGUUCCACAUGGUGGCUUGCAACUCUACUGGCACGGCCACUUUCGUCAACCAGUACAGGGACGACAAGAUCUGGAGUAGCUAUACUGAGUACAUCUUCUUUAGGCCUGUGGUGAAGACAGUGUCCCCCAAACAGGAGAGCAAGGACUGCAAGCAGGAGAAUCUUCCAGACAAGGGCAGUGAGAGCGGCACCUCGCUGAACCAGCUGUCCAGCUCCAGCUCCGAGACCCACUCCGAGAUCGCCUCGCCCCAGGACGGCCAUGAGCCGAGAGGGACGGGACUGGUCGGAGGGACGGGAGUAGAGGCCGGGCGGUGUUCCUCAGCACCACGCGGGGCCCUGCAGCCUACCUCCUGCCAGCCCAGCGCGCUCACACUGGGCCGGCCCUCCAUGAAGGGCUCGGUGCAGUGGAUGCGGCUUCCGGACAAGCGCCGCAACAGUGAGCUCUUCCAGUCUCUGAUGGGCAGCGGCCCACGCAAGGGGGGUCUGAGCAGGCAGAAGACCACAGAGAAGCUCAGCACCGAGGAGGAGAUGAAGCAGUGCAUCCAGGACUUCCAAAAAAUCAAAAUCCCCCUCAAAUUCCCCCAGCGGAAGCGGCAGUGGCAAUCCGAGCUGCUCCACAAAUACGGGCUGUGA